GCCGAAACUUCGUCAUGCCACUCAGGCGCUCAUGUAUACUAAUCUUGACUUGUAAACACCACCACGGGUAGGACCCGGACCAGAUACCUGCUUAUAAUAUCCACUGGCGCGAAAGGAAAAUCUGACAGACUAUACAGAAGUCUGGCAUGCUCGCAAGAUAUACCAGACCCGUGGCACGAUGGGCAUUUCGUGCUGUAGCUACGCAUGCUAGGUCAUCUGUAAUUAGACCAGUGCAACACGGUUUCCUUCCGUCCGUUCACCGGUCAUCAAAGCGGUCGUUCGCAACGCCUGCACCUCAAGUGAAGGCUAGCGAUUUGUCAAGUGACAAAUAUCAUCUCUAUUCAGAUGCUACCAUGGAGAGGUUGCUUGAUUCCAUUGAGACUAUUUUGGACGACCUCAGUAGCUCGGACUAUGAGGUGGAAUAUAGCAGCGGAGUGCUCACAUUGAAACUCGGAGACAAGGGAACAUACGUCAUUAACAAGCAACCUCCGAACAAGCAAAUAUGGCUCUCUUCGCCGCUCAGGUUCGUGUACUACGGUCUGCCCUCGUUUCCCGCCCCGCUGACGGUUUGUUGUUAUUUUAUAAGCGGUCCUAAACGAUACGACUACAUUCAGGACAGUGAUGACUGGAUAUACGUCCGGGAAUCCUCGUCAUUAGGAGAGCUGUUAAACGCGGAACUCAGUCAGUUACUUGAACAAGACGUCGACCUUCGGAUCAGGAAGGUGUCCAAAGUUGCAUCAUGAUCAAGGCCGAGCAGAUGGUUUCGUGACAGCCACCACCAUUAGUCUCACGUAGAGUCGAUUUCAAUAAGCCAGAUUACUGCGUGAAGUCAUCAAACAGUGGAAGGAGUUCAUGCAACAAACUGUGGGAAGAAUUGUGACGGAGGACACGAUAGACGUGCAACACGCCUGGCUGCCGCAAUCCUGAUAGUGAAUUGGUUAGAUGCCCCAAAAGUUCCAGGUGUAUAUCUUUCGAUCUCGUAGAUUAUGCAAUGACAAAUAGGUCCGAGUGCUGCGAUAUGAUAUAAUACAAUGCAAAUGAGAGAAUGUGUCGUGGUGAAAUGUGAAAUCAAUGAAUGCACGAUGGUGGAUGGAAAGCGAUAGGAAGAUAGAAGAUAAGGAAGCAAUGGAUAGAGGGGAAGAGAAGUAACAAUGAAUGAUGAGGUCGCAACGAUGAUGGUCAUAGCUGAGGGUACUAUGAUUGGUCGCGGGGCUGCAGCCCU